AUGUAUUUUCUAACAGUUUCCGGAACCUCUGUGCCAUCUGGUAAUAGGGAUCCCUUCAUAGAACACCCAAGUCAGCAACUUUUGCGUCAGCGUGGCUUCACCUUCCACCGCUACAACAAAUUUCGUGCGGCCUGCCUCCGCGACCGCGAAUUAUAUGGAAAGGGUAAAUCUCAGGAAAUGAAUACGCUCUAUCGAUUUUGGUCGUUCUUCCUACGCGUAAAUUUCAAUCGUACAAUGUACAGAGAAUUUCGCCGCUAUUCAACAGAGGAUGCUUUAUACGGCUCCCGUUAUGGAAUUGAGUGCCUUUUUCGGUUCUACAGCUAUGGUCUUGAGCUACGAUUUAGGCAAGACCUUUUCAAUGACUUUCAGGAAGAAACAUUGAAAGAUUAUGAAUCACGACAUCUAUAUGGUUUGGAGAAAUUUUGGGCUUAUCUUCACUACAGCAAAAAUCGCGUCGAUGUUAAUCCAAAGUUAUCCCAAAUACUUGAAAAGUACAAAACUCUGGAGGACUUCAGAGUAAACUUUCAACCGCCUGAUGGUUUUUUCGUAGCUAGAAGUCGUCGAAGAACACAAUCGGAAACGCUAACCACUGGCAAUGCCCUCGUCCUUACCCCCGAGUUGCUCACCCAUCGCCUAUCGGGACUGCCUGCGGGUGGGUCUUCAAAAGAGUCGUCAUCGGAAUCUGAACCCGAGGAGACAAAUAAGACGCGUGAAAUAGUAACUGUGCCAACAGCUACAGCCGCAGCAAUAGCAAAGCCAAAUUCGGAGAAGUUGGAGUCAUUGCAGGCAGAGGAGCAAAGCAAGUCCGUAGAAGAGUCGAACUCUGAAGCCCAAACUCAUUCGCGUUCUAAAAAUGCGCACUUAUCCCAAAACGUGAAAAAGAAGCCUCACACGCUAAAUAAAAGCAUGACUCCAGCAAAGUCACAACUUAAGGAACAGAAAUUUUGA